UUAGUUUUAAUUUUUUAUUUUAAUUAAUUUUUUGUCUUUUAGGAAUAUUCCAGUGACUAAUUUGAAGGUUAGAAGAGUGGGCGUAGUCUUCAAUAGAUAUUAGACAAGAGACUGAGAAGAAUACUUUUUAAGAAAAAAAUUGACUAAAAAAUAAAAAUGAAUGUGGAUUGGAUUGAAGAUAUGCCUAGUGGAGGAGGAUUGGAUGAUUACAGAAAAUUAGCUUCUUUUUCAUGGAAAUAUUUGCGCGUGAUCCAUGAAGACCCUAAGAAUUUACAAUUCAAGAUGAGAGUAUGGAAAGCAAUGGAAGCUGAUCAUGAAUUUCAUAUGCCGCAUUAUUCAAUAUCCUGCGACGAGCAAAAAAGACGAGCGGCUAUUCAAUUAGCCCGAUUGAACCAUUUGAAAUUUUUGCCUUCUAAUAUCAACAACGUUGGCUACAGACUAAAAACAGAAGCGCUGAUGACCAUAAAUGAAGCUACGAAUCUCGUUAGUCCAUCACUGUCAGUUAAAAUUGCUUUAGGAGUGUAUUUAUUUGGUAACACUAUUUUAAGCUUAGGAACAGAUCGACACAUUCCCGUUUUCCAAGAUGUAUGGAACAAAAAAUUGCUCGGUUGUUUCGCACUAACUGAAGUUGGACAUGGAAGUAAUACAAAAAUGAUGCGAACUACAGCAACUUAUGACCCAGCAACUAAAGAAUUUAUUCUUCACACUCCGGAUUUUCAGGCUGCUAAAUGUUGGGUUGGAAAUCUCGGAAAAACAUGCACCGUUGCAAUAGUGUUUGCACAAUUAAUAACAGAAGGACACUGUCACGGAUUGAAUGCAUUUAUAGUGCCUGUAAGAGAUAGUAACACGUACCUGCCUUACCCUGGAAUAAUUAUAGGCGAUAUGGGAGAAAAAAUGGGCCUGAAUGGCGUUGACAAUGGUUUUAUAAUGUUUGACCAUUAUCGUAUACCCAAAGACAAUUUAUUGAAUCGCACUGGUGAUAUCAAUGAAGACGGAGAGUACGAGAGCUCGUUUUCAGAUCCCCAGAGAAUUCUUGGUGCUGUUUUAGAAAAUUUAUCCGCUGGGCGCAUGGGCAUUUCUCAAGAGGCUACUAAUAGAUUAGGUGCUGCCAUUGUCAUUGCUGUGCGUUAUGCUGCUGUUAGAAAACAAUUUGCGUCUUGUUUGUCCGCUAACAAAGAAAUUGAGACUCCUAUUAUUGAAUACGAACUUCACCAAUGGAGAUUAUUUCCUUAUUUAGCGGCAGCAUCAAUUUUCCGAAUUUUCAUGACUGAGUUUACAGAAGUUUAUGUUGAAAAUGUUGAAAAAUCUAUGGAUGGUGGUAACAUACCAAAUCUUAGUCAAAUUGUAGGGGAAAUUCAUUCAAUUGUAUCAGCGAUAAAACCAUUGAUUACUUGGACAUGUAAAGCUGCUUUAAGUGAAUCUAGAGAAGCUUGCGGUGGUCAUGGUUAUCAUAAAGCUGCUAAUCUGGGUGAUAUGACAGUAAAUCAUGAGCCAUGUGUAACAUAUGAAGGUGAUAAUAAUGUACUGAUGCAGCAAACAAGUAAUUGGAUUUUCCGGCAGUGGUUGGAAGUGCAAGCGGGCUCAACAAUUGGUAGCCCAUUGUCUUCAGUAACAUUUUUACUUCACGGAGCUUCAAUAAUUAAUAAAAAAUUCACACCAAAUAGUAUUGCCGACGUCAAGUCAUUAAAGUUUGUUAGAGAUACGUAUGAAUGGCUGAUAACGUAUCUUGUUAUGGAGAUGCAGCGUAAAUUUGAAGAGGGUAAAUCUAAAGGGCUAGAUAGUUUUGCUGCACGAAGUAAAGCGCAGGUUUAUUGUGCAGGCACACUGUCGCGUGCAUUUGGAGAAAUGAUUAUAUUAAAGUACUGCACGACUAGAAUAGACAAAGUAAUUAAUUCAAUACCAUCUAACGAAAGCUUGAAAGUAGUUCUGGAAAAAAUGAUGUUGUUGUAUUCGUUGUCCUGCUUAGAAAAACAUCUAGCUACAUUUUAUCAAGGUGGUUACUGCGCUGGACCACAAAUGACUGAUUUAUUACGUGAAAGUAUUUUGAAUCUUUGCAGUGAAUUAAAACCAGAAGCUGUUGCUAUUGCAGAUGCUCUGGCGCCGCCUGAUUUUGUUCUUAAUUCUAUUCUUGGAAUGUCUGAUGGCCGAGUUUAUGAACGACUGGAAGAAGUAUUUAAAUUCAAUACCGGUGGAAUGGAACGUGCUGAUUGGUGGUAUGAAUUAAAAACUGCUGGUGAAAAACCUCUUGGUCUUCGAUCAAAACUUUGACACUAAUUAUUUUUAAUUAUAAUUGCAAUGACUAAUAAUUAUUAUGAUGAAUUUAUUAAUUAAAUCUUUUUAAGCACAAAAAUGUAUUAAAAA